AUGCUAAGAUCAGCUACUGUUCUAUUAUCUUCAUCAUUAUCACCAUCAUCAACAAAUAAUCAGCGGCCAUUGACCACAUCAGAUAAUGUACUUCAACAAAUUGCAUCACCAAAUUUGAUACCUAUUAUAGUACCAUCAGAUACAAUACAAUCGAAUUCAACUUCAAUCACAGUAUUUUCUAUAUCCAAAUCAACAGAAGAUGAAACUUGUGAUAUUAACAUUAUCGAACAACCAUCAUCAUCAUUAACAACUAAAAGACAAGUGAAAAGAAAAGUUCAAACAAUAGAAUCAGCAAAAAGAGCAAGAAGAAGAUAA